GGUAAUUGAAACCAACCCUAAGCUCUUUUUAUCUUCGCUCUAAAGGUAGCCCCGAUUAUUGCUGACUUAAGCAUCAGAGUGUCUACCCCGAGUUCCACCUCGGGGCUUUGCAGGUCAUUCCGGAGUGCCGACGCAGACUGAAGAAGGACUUCUGGUUUGGUGCAAUUACAGUUAUAUGUUGGUGUGAUCAUGGAUACAAUUGUUAGUUUUGGCUAUGAAGAUGUUAUGAUUAAGAAUGUGUAUUACACAACAAUUGGAAGAAGUGUUAUGAAAUUGAAGUGUUUAGCUGGUGAUGACAGUAUUAGGGACAUUUUGCGCAUGGUGCAUGCUGAGGGUUGUGUUGAUAUAUAUGUUGAUCAUGAGGUCAAUUAUGCCCAACUUGCUUUUCCACAAUUAUGUUGGGUUGAUAACAAUAUAGUUGAGGAGGGAGGCAUACAUGAAGAAAGGGUUGGUGAAGAGGAAAGUGGACAUGAAGAAAGGCUAGGUGACGGUAUUGAUGGUGAGGUUAGUGGGGAAGUAGAUGAAGGUGACUUGGAUAUCAUAACCCAAGAGUACCCUAUUGGCAAUAAGGGUAAUACUGGGAAUACAGUUGAGAAAGGUGAAUGUAGUAAGCGUAAUAGAGGUAAUUGCGAAGAAUCAGAGUUUGGGUCAACUGAUGGUUAUGUUGAUGAUUGGAGCUCGACAGAUGAUGAAAGACCAACAGGAGGGUUAGAAGUUCCUAGUGGGCUUCAAACACCAAAAGGGGUCAAGUACAAGCAUGUUGCAAAGAAGCCAACCCUUAGAUCAACUCUUAUAAAAAAGCCAACCCCUAGAUCAACUCCUAUAAAAAAGCCAACCAGUAGAUCUACCCUUAUAAAGAAGCUAGCCACUAGAUCUACUUCAGUCUCUAGGGGUAAGAAGGUUGCAUCAUUAGAUCUUGCUGAGUUGAGUAGGUUGAGGAAAGAGAAGGCAAAGCUUGCAGAAAAAUGUGACAAUGAUGGCAGAGACAAUUACUAUGAAAACAAUGAUGAUGUUGGGAAGUUGAGGGAUUCAACUACUGAUGGUGUGAGAUUUCAGAAUGCAGCACAAUUGAAGGAAGCAGUGAGAAAGUAUUCUAUGAGGAAAGGUUGUCCUUUACUCUAUAUAAGGAACGAGCCUAAGAGACGAAAGUUCAUUUGGAAAUCUAGUCUGUGUUGUUGGGAGAUUUACGGUUCAUUUGUCAAUAAAGAUAACAAUUUCCAGGGUGUACUACUGUCUACUGUUGGUCGUGAUGGAAAUAACCAGAUGUACCCAAUUGCAUGUGCUGUAGUCGAAUCUGAGAACAAUGAUUCAUGGACAUGGUUCAUGCAGAGGCUUGCAUCUGAUUUGGAGCUUGGAACUGGGCAUGCUGCAAGGGCAGCAUACCAUAUUGAAUUUUUGGAGAAAAUGGAGGAGUUGAGAGGAGUAUCUGAGGAAGCUUAUGAUGAGAUGAUGGAUUUGCCAAGAGGGUUUUGGUGCAAGGCAUUCUUCGAUGAAGAUUGUAAGUGUGAUGUGGUUGAUAACAACAUGUGUGAAACAUUCAAUUCAUGGAUUUUGGCUGCUAGGUACAUGAAUUGGAAUUAUGAAGAUUUUGUUCAUGAGCACUAUAAGAUGGAAAAGUAUGUGCAAGCUUAUAGGACUGUGUUGAAGUACCUUAAAGGCAAUGAGAUCUUGAAGAGAAGACCAAAAGGAGGUUGUUUACCACCAGUGUUGAGAACACCACCAGUGUUGAGAACACCACCAGGACGACUAAGGAGGGAUAGAAGAAAAGAUAAGCAUGAGCCUAAGAAAGUUAAGGUGGGGAAAUUCAGUAGGUUGUCCAAGCAUGGGUUUGUGAUGAGUUGUAGCUUGUGCAAUCAACAAGGACACAAUAAAGUUGGAUGUCCCAAAAAGGAGUUAGUUGAUAAAAAGCAUCAAAAGAAAAAGGCCAGCCAAAAACCCAAGGUGACUACAAGAAGAGGAAAGGGAAGAAAGUGCAAGAACAAACUGAAAAAAUUGCCAAAAAAGGGAGUAGUCAUCAAUGAAGGCCAAAAUGACUCAGGAAAGAAGACAAAGAAAUCAUCUAUAAAGGGAAAAGAGAAAGCAUGACUCAAUGUCAUUUGACGGUUUGUGGUUUGUAAUCACAUUUGACAGUUGGUUAUUAUGCCUUGUUUUGGAGAUGUACAUGUGGUUAAGAUGCCUUCCUUUAUUAUGUCUUGUCUUGCUUUAUUUUAAUGGCAUUAUAUUCAAUCAAAUUUGCUUAUGUAGUUGUAUGUUUCAGGGUAACAUCAUGAUUGUGAUUUAGCUAUUGUCCAUUGCAAAAAAGUCAAUUACAUUUG